UGACAUGAUCUUCUGUUUCAACGUUUGACGUUGACGUGUCGUUGGCCAGGUGCGACUACAUCGCGGCUGCAGCUUCCGAAAUUCUUGGAAGGCCUGCUUAUUUCUAGUGCUUCCAAACUCACAUCCUACGAAUCGACAGAAUCACCUUAUAAUCCUAUCAACGAGCCCACAAAACAUUACAACACUGCAUCAACUUCACUAGAUAGCCCAAACUCCACAGAAGAAAAAGACGUCCUCGAAGCAGAAAGAACUCAACCAUAAUGUCGUCUUUCACCCUCGACACCCCCCACGGCCUAAUAAGCGUAACCGACACGGCCCUCAAAACAUCCACCCCCACCCUCCUACUCCUGCACGGAAACUCCUCCUCGUCCAAAAUAUGGCGCCACAUCUUCGACUCGCCCCACAUCACGCAAAAGUACCGCGUCGUAGCAUUCGACCUACCAGGUCACGGGGCUAGUUCCAACGCGCCGGACCCCGAGACAACGUAUUGCAUGCGAGGCUACGCAGAGCUAGCAGUACAAGUAUUGCAGCAUCUGAACAUCGAGCGCGUGGUAAUCGUCGGAUGGAGUUUGGGCGGACAUGUAGGUAUUGAGAUGGUGGGAUUACUUUCUUCGUCUGCGGCUGGAUAUGAUUCCGCGAGCGCUGUGGAAGUGAGCGGAUUGAUGAUCAUCGGCACGCCGCCGGCGCGUGGAAAAGAAGAGAUCGGUAGGGGUUUCAAGUUCCAGGACGCGCAUCUGGGAGUCGCGGCGAAGGUGGACUGGACGGACGAGGAGGCGGGCGCGUUUGCGAGGGAGAGUGCGCCUCGGGGGAAAGAGGAGUUGUUUGAGCCGUGGAUGGAAGUCGAUGCGAAGCGCACUGAUGGGCGGAGUCGCAUGAUGAUGUGGAAGAGGUUUGCUGCGGAGCAGGGCGACGGUGAAUAUGGGCGGUCGGCUGAUCAACGCAAGCUCAUGGAAACGGAAGAUGUGCUCACUGCAGUGGUGAAUGGCGGAGAGGAACCGUAUGUCAACUUGGAGUAUCUUGAGGGGAUCAAGUGGAAGAGGUUGUGGGGAGGUGAGUGUAUGCGCUUAGAAGGCUUGGGUCACGCACCGUUCUGGGAAUCACCAGAGUUGUUCGAGGGAUUGCUAUCCAAGUUCUUGGGGAAUUGCGAGGGGCUGAAGAAGUAA